AUAAUACAGUCCAGUGGGACAGAGAUUCGUGAUUUGGUAUUGACUUUUAUUUUGGUUUAGCUCACCAUCUUUGACGUACACGCAAACUAUUUUCCUUUUAAUAAUACUUUCUUUCACCUAAUCUUCCUUUCUUCCUCACGCACGCCGACCAACUCUUUCCGUCGUCGUCCAUCUCAGUUAUGAACGCACUUUCACAUUCUUCUCUUCUUCCCAACCGAUACCCUCAAUCCCUUCAUCGCCGCCGAUUUUCACUGUCAUGUUCUGAUAUUCAAAAUCUUACCCGUGUUACUUGCUACUCGGAUUGUAACAAGUCUACAUCUCAGGCAUCCUUGUUUUUGUGUCCUGGCUCGACCAAUACAAGAAUUGGCAGCAGAAACUUAGUUUCUCGCUCAUUUUAUUCUGCAGAUGCAAGCACUUAUAAUGGGCUUACUGUACAAUCUCCUACUCACGCUGCCCAAGAAAAAGUUGGUGUGUUGCUUCUCAAUCUAGGUGGACCCGAGACACUGGACGAUGUUCAACCUUUCCUUUUUAAUCUUUUCGCAGAUCCUGAUAUCAUUCGGCUCCCAAGAUUGUUUCGGUUUCUCCAGCAACCAUUAGCAAAACUGAUAUCUACGCUCCGGGCUCCUAAAUCCAAGGAAGCAUAUGCUUCUAUUGGAGGUGGCUCUCCUUUACGCAAAAUUACAGAUGACCAGGCACUUGCACUUAAAAGGGCUUUGGAAGCAAAGGGCCUCUCUUCAAAUAUCUAUGUUGGGAUGCGGUACUGGUACCCAUUCACUGAAGAAGCAAUUCAACAAAUUAAGAAGGAUGGAAUAACAAGGCUCGUGGUGUUACCCCUUUAUCCCCAGUUUUCUAUAUCCACUACUGGGUCAAGCAUCAGUGUUCUGGAGCAAACGUUCAGGGAAGAUGCUUAUUUGUCUAGGCUUCCUGUUUCCAUUAUAAACUCUUGGUAUCAAAGGGAAGGUUAUAUCAAGUCAAUGGCUGACUUAAUUGAGAAAGAACUCGAGAGCUUUUCUGAGCCAAAGGAAGCAAUGAUAUUUUUUAGUGCCCAUGGUGUUCCUGUCAGUUAUGUUGAGAAUGCUGGGGAUCCAUACCGAGAUCAAAUGGAGGAGUGCAUCUUCUUGAUCAUGCAGGAAUUGAAGGCUAGAGGAAUUAGUAAUGAGCACACUCUUGCUUAUCAGAGUCGAGUGGGCCCUGUACAGUGGUUGAAACCAUAUACAGAUGAAGUUCUAGUUGAGCUUGGCCAGAAAGGUGUGAAGAGUCUUUUAGCUGUUCCAGUGAGCUUUGUGAGUGAGCACAUAGAGACUCUUGAAGAAAUUGACAUGGAGUACAGGGAAUUGGCUCUUGAAUCUGGCAUCAAGAAUUGGGCACGUGUCCCGGCUCUUGGUCUCACCCCUUCCUUCAUCAUGGAUCUUGCAGAUGCGGUGAUAGAAGCUCUACCAUCGGCAGCAGCAAUAAAUGCCCCUACCAGCACCUCUGAAGAUAUGGAUAAAGACCCAGUUAAAUACUUCGCCAAGAUGUUUUUUGGUUCAAUUUUGGCUUUCCUCUUGUUUUUCUCGCCCAAAAUGAUUACUGCGUUCAGGAAUCAUGUCAUUUAGAAGAAUACCACCUGAAUUUGAUUUCAUAGAUGUUAAAGCAAUUGAUAAGAAAUUUGUAUACUUCAUAUUUUUUUCCUUGGUUUUACUCCUUUCCGGAUAUAAUACAUACGUCACAGAGAUAUAAAGCAGAAGUGAUUGUUGUACUUGAUAAAAAUGAGAACUUGAAUGUCAGCUUGGAAAUAUUCACAUAAAGAACGACCCAGACAGUUUACCACUUGUACUCAUCUAUACAACUAAUAAAUUACAACUUUAUGUUCUUCUUGCAAA